UUUUUGUCUGGAAAAUCCCACGGGAAUGAAGACCUGCAGGCUUACUAUCAUCUUUAAAUGCGAGCCAGUUUAGGGCCUAAACUGAUCUGCAUCGCAAAUUCGUACCACCACGUUAAUUAAACGAUCCAGUUUAGGUCUUCACCAAAACUGAGUCGCAAUCCGAUAUCAUUCACUCAUUUUUGUAUACAAAACCGUACCAUAACGUGUGUUGAAAACCUAAACUGAUACGCUUAGCUGUCAAAGUAAGCGAUUCAAAAAAAGUUACUAUUUCAGCAAGUCCAGUGGCUUAUUGAAGUUAUAAAAUUGGGUAAAAAAAUUGAAAUACAGCUUUUUAAGGCGGAAAUUAUUCUUGAUGUGUUAUACAAGUGAUAUGUGAAGUAAUUUUUGGCAAUUAAUAUAGAUUUUACGUACCUAUUCAUUUUAUUAUUUCAAGAUGUGUGAUGACGAGCUUGUGUUAUUUGAGUUCCUAGAAAGCGAUUAUAAUACUUCUUUGCGAAGACGAAGGCUCUUAGCUCGAAAUCAGUUUAACCCCUUUGAUUGGGAAGAUACGGAGUUUAUGAAACGAUAUCGACUGUCAAAAAAUUUGGUAACGAAACUUUGUGAAGAGAUUCGGCCUAUGAUGAACGUCCCUAAAAGAGCUACCGAUUUAUCUGUAGAGACAAAAGUUUUAACUGCUUUAUCUUUUUUUGCAACUGGUUCUUACCAGAGACCUAUAGGUGAUAUAAGUGGGCAUUCCUUGGCUCAACAAACUGUUUCAAAAGCAAUUGCUCAGGUGACUGCAUGCAUUAACUCCAUGGAAAUGAGAGAAAAAUAUAUAGUUUUCCCAAGAAGCCAUGAAGACCGAAAUAAAAUAAGGGCAAGAUUUUAUCAAAAAUUUGGCAUUCCUGGGGUUCUAGGGUGCAUAGACUGCACACAAAUAGCUAUUAUAAGACCUACAGAAAAUGAAGAACGAUAUUUCUGUAGAAAACAUUACCAUUCAUUGAAUGUUCAGCUUAUUUGUGAUGCAGAUAUGCAAAUAACAAGCGUGGAUGCUAGUUUUGGAGGGGCCACACAUGAUUCCUUCAUAUGGAAUUCCCAUCCCAUUAAAAAUCAUUUGGAAAAUUUGGAUGAAACAACAUGGUUAUUAGGUGAUUCUGGCUAUCCACUGAGGAAGUUUCUUAUGACACCAGUGGUAAAUGCUCUUCCUGAAACUCCGGAAGGCCACUACACUAAUGUACAUGUUCGAGCCAGGAAUGUAAUUGAGAGAACUAUUGGCCUUCUAAAGUCACGCUUUCGUUGCCUCUUGGCCCACAGAGUUCUACACUAUAAACCCCAAGUUGCUGCAUCUAUUGUUAAUGCUUGUGUCAUUUUACACAAUAUUUGCAAUAAAGCAAACCUUCCAGCACCAGAAAUAAGUGAUGCAGACAGCUCUCAAGAAGCUCAAAUGCAGCCUGCCAAUCUUGCUGAAGAUACUGUGAGUAGCAGCCAAAACAACCAAGCACUUCAACAGGGUGUAGCUAUUCGAAAUGAUCUCAUUCGUCGACUGUGGGAUGUCCGGCGUUCCUGAAAUGAAAGUUAUUAAGUAAAAAUUAUAAAUUAUAAUGUAUAUUAAUGUUAAUUAAAAUUAAUUAAUACAUAAGGUUUUAAGUCCACUUUUAUUUUAUUAUUAGGAUAAAUUUUAUGUUUCAUUAGAUUAAAAUUUGUUAACUUUAUAUAGCAUUGUUAUAAAAUUUAAUUACAUUUAUAGUUUAGUACCCAAUUUAGUAACUAUUUAAUUUCUGUUAUUAAAGUGUGUUUUAGAUUUAAAUAAAUACUGCAGUUAAAAUAU